AUGCCAGUUUCUUCCCCGUCCAGUCUCUUGCGUUUCGGCUGCGGUGCCUUGAUUAGGCAGCGGCUGAUCUGCCGCGGGAAGGUACUCGCUGAUGCAUCCGCAAUGCUCAGCGAUCUGCUUCCAAAGGCAGGCUGUACAGAGAUCUCCGUGAUGCUGAUGCAGAAAGAGAGCCAGACGGAGCAGGCACAGAGGCGCUGGAGCCACCUCCAGCAAGUGGCCUGGGAGUGGCUCCUGACCAUCUGGGCGGUCCUGUACCGCUUCUUUCAUUCUCUCUUUGUCCCGAGCGCUUAUGCGGGCAAGGCGCCCAACGCAGGGAAGGCCCCACACCGCACAGACGGCUUGGAGCCGACGGACCUGGCGCGCCUGGCCGCCUGCGGUGCGGGCGGCUGA